CCUGCCGCGCAUUCCUGGCGUGGCGGCCGCCGCUCGGCGGCUGCUGGAGUAACCGCAGCCUUUGUUGCGAACGCCUGGUCCCUCGCGGCGCCCCAGCCCCUCACGCCGCCGGCCCGCCCUCGACCUCGGAUCCCCGUUGGUCUCGCGCCGCGCGGAUGCGGCUGCGGGGCCUGGGCUUGGGCUUCGCGCGGGAGGAGAAGUGGAGAGGCGGUGCCACCGGGGAGGCAUGCGAUGGGGAACUGCUGCUGGACGCAGUGCUUCGGGCUCCUCCGCAAGGAAGCGGGGCGGCUGCAGCGAGUCGGAGGCGGCGGAGGAUCCAAGUAUUUUAGAACAUGCUCAAGAGGUGAGCACUUAACUAUAGAGUUUGAGAAUCUAGUAGAAAGUGAUGAAGGAGAAAGCCCAGGAAGCAGUCAUAGGCCUCUUACUGAGGAAGAAAUCAUUGACCUAAGAGAAAGGCAUUAUGAUUCUAUUGCUGAAAAACAGAAAGAACUUGAUAUAAAAAUUCAAAAAGAGUUAGCCUUACAGGAAGAGAAGUUAAGACUAGAAGAAGAAGCUUUAUACGCUGCACAGCGUGAAGCAGCCAGGGCAGCAAAGCAGCGAAAGCUCUUGGAGCAAGAAAGGCAGAGGACUAUACAGCGAUAUCAUCUUUCCCGCAGUGGAGAAUAUCAAAGUUCAGGACCAGAAGAUGACUUUGAAUCCUGUUUAAGAAAUGUAAAGUCACAGUAUGAAGUUUUUCGAAGUAGUAGACUCUCAUCCGAUGCCACAGUUUUGACACCAAAUACUGAAAGCAGUUGCGAUUUAAUGACCAAAACUAAGUCAACUAGUGGAAAUGAUGACAGCACCUCCUUAGAUCUGGAAUGGGAAGAUGAAGAAGGGAUGAAUAGAAUGCUUCCAAUGAGAGAACGCUCCAAAACCGAGGAAGACAUCCUCCGAGCAGCACUGAAGUACAGCAACAAGAAGACAGGAAGUAACCCUACAUCCGCCUCCGAUGAUUCCAAUGGGUUGGAGUGGGAGAAUGAUUUUGUCAGUGCCGAAAUGGAUGAUAAUGGCAAUUCCGAGUAUUCUGGAUUUGUAAAUCCUGUAUUAGAACUGUCUGAUUCCAGCAUAAAGCUAUCUGAUGCAGAUCAACAGAAUCGAUAGGGGGACAUGGUAUUGAUCAGUUAUGACCAAAUGUUAAAACCCAGCUAGAAUGUAUGAAAGGUUGUGCUGAGCCUUUUGUAAAGGGGAGGUGUUGCAAGUGCUCAGAGUAGGAGUGAUAGGAGAUAUCUGAAUUGCUUCAGAAUUAAGUGCAAUUUCAUCAUCUGCCUUCCGCUUUUCAAGAUGACGUCAUCUCACGGAUCAAGUUUAUUUUCAUCAUCUUGUUUUCAUUACCAAAUCCCUGUCUGCUACUGUGGAUUUCCAGUUAAAAAAUAGUGUUAUUGAUUUCACUUGGAAUGUUUUAAGCCCAUUUCAGUUUCUAAAUCUGAAAAUAUUGAGGGUUUGGUUUUUUCCUUUUUUUUCCCAUUUAUUUUUCAGCAGAUGUGAAGGGUGCAUGAGGCGGACUUGCCAAAUUCACAUUCAGAAUAUGUUCCCUUUUCCGGCAUUAUCAAUUUCAAUGACUUGUUUGAAUUUUAUUGUCUCAUAGUAAGCACAAUUAAUUUGUGUAGAUGAUCCUAAGGAAGUGCUAAAGCAGUGGUUCUCAACCUUCCUCAUACCACGACCCUUGAAUACAGUUCCUCAGGUUGUGGUGACUC